AUGGCUCUCGACCCACGACUAAUGCCUGCUGAGCACCGCGUUGUGCACUCCUCAGCCUCCACCCCAUCGCUACGAUCGCGCGAUGGAACGCUGCCACCGCACGCGAGGGUAGACGGAGGGGGAAACGUCAAGGUCGUCGUGCGAGUUCGAGCCUUUCUCAAACGAGAGCUCGACCGCCGCGCAAGAUGUCUGAUCGAGAUGGACCCCAUCACCCAGCUCACCACGCUGCUCACCCCAGAUGAAGAAGACUCUCCCGCCAACACCAAGUCUCGCAAGGUCUUCGAAGAGAAGAAGUUUACUUUCGACAGCUCGUUCUGGAGUCAUGACACCAACGACAAUCACUAUGCCCACCAGGAGGAUGUUUACAACAGCCUCGGCGAGGAGUUCCUAGACCACAACUUUGAGGGCUACCACACCUGUAUCUUUGCCUACGGCCAGACCGGUUCUGGAAAGAGUUACACCAUGAUGGGGACGCCCACCCAGCCGGGCUUAAUCCCCAGGACCUGCGAGGAUCUCUUCGAGCGAAUUGACGCCGCCCAAAACGAGAACGCCAACAUCGCCUACAACGUCCGUGUCUCCUAUUUUGAGGUUUACAACGAGCACGUCCGUGAUCUACUCGUUCCCAUGUUGCCCAACAAGCCUGCAAACUACCUCAAGAUCCGCGAGUCCCCGACAGAAGGCCCCUACGUCAAGGAUCUCACCGAGGCGCCCGUACGAAACUACGACGAGAUUCUACGCUUCAUGAAGAGGGGAGAUUCGUCUCGAACUGUCGCCAGCACCAAGAUGAAUGACACCAGUAGUCGAAGUCAUGCCGUCUUCACCAUUAUGCUAAAGCAGAUCCACCACGAUAUGGAGACGGACGAGACCACAGAGCGGAGCUCCCGAAUUCGACUUGUCGAUCUUGCCGGCAGCGAGCGAGCCAAGGCUACUGAGGCUACUGGUGCACGUCUUCGGGAGGGUAGCAACAUCAACAAGUCGCUCACAUCGCUGGGACGUGUUAUCGCUGCCCUGGCCGACCCCAAAGCGCAUCGAGGCGGGAAGCGAAAGGAUGUUGUCCCAUACCGAGAUUCCAUUUUAACAUGGCUCCUGAAGGACUCGUUGGGUGGCAACAGCAAGACUGCCAUGAUUGCUUGCAUUGCUCCCUCUGACUACGAUGAGACCCUUUCAACUCUUCGAUAUGCCGACCAGGCCAAGCGCAUCCGGACUCGCGCCGUGGUCAACCAGGACCAAAUGUCGUCUGCUGAGAGAGAUGCUCAAAUUGCUGCCAUGGCCGAAGAGAUCCGCGUCCUCCAGAUGUCCGUCUCCGACUCGAGGCAACGUGAGAAGAGCGCCAAGGAUGCCGAGGAAAGGCUCGAGGAGUACCAGGAUCGCGUUGCGGCGAUGCAGCGCAUGAUGGAGGAGCGCGGCAUGGUUGCGGAGAGCAAGAUCAAGAAGCUCCAGACUGAGAACGAGGCUCUCAAGCUCCAUCUCAAGCUUGCGAUCGAGAGUCUCAAGAACCCCAUUCCUGUUGUCACGGUCAGGCCAGACAAGAAAUUCAACGAGAUGGGCGAAGAUAUCACCGAUGAGGAUGACAAGGAAAAUGCAGAGAAUCAUUCCGACUACGACGAAGAGUACGACUCUGAGAGCACCGCCUACAGCGACGACCUACAGGAAGAGAUGCAACAAUAUCUCCAGGACAUGGGCAACCUGCGAAAGCUCAUUGGCGGCGAUGUUUCCAGGUUCAAGGACGAGGCCACGGCUCGUAUGCCGCUGGGCCAGAGGGAGAAUGUUUGA